CAGCGACCUUCCAGAAAUCAUAGACGCGAAUUAACAUUCCAAGUGACGUCCGUCCAGUACUUUUCCAGCGCGUCGGCAAAAACCCACGGAGCUUCUUUUAGCUUCCGAACACCCUUUCCAAGCGGCGCAGCAUCUAUCCAGCCCCCGAGACACGAGUCACCCCCUCACCUCCUCACCUUUCUCCUCACCUGGACACAGUUAGCUUUCCCCACCACCGGCUUGGGAGUCCAAUUGAUAAGAGCAUUUCAUCGUCGGACCGGGCGACGCUGCCGAUCUCUCCUCUUCCCCCCUCCCGUGGUGACCAAUGACUGUCCGCGCAGCGAAUAGACCUUAACCCCAGAUAUUUCCUAACUUGAUAUCCGGCUUAUCGUGGGGGGUGACCCAGCGAGGCUUGAUAGGAGGGUACGACGGAACUAAUAUCAAAUCGAGGAGAUAACGCCACGGUAUGCGUUGAGGGCACGACGGAUAAAUCGCGGACCAUGAGUGAGCUGUGCUGCCUGCGUGUUUCACUUAUUUACUAUCGCCAGUGUCCGCUUUCUCGAUUCCCCUCCAUUUGAAUUGGCUGCAUUGCUUGAGCUGCGCCAUUCUUGUGUUGACAUCGGCAUCGCUUUGCGCUUCCAUCCCUUGUUUCUAUUAUAUACUCUGCCAAUUCUCAAGAUACCCUUUGAAUAGUUAUCAUAUUCUCCUUCUACCCUCCUCCGUCUGCCCAUCAUGGCCGAGGAAGAAAAAGUAGCCGGGAGAUCCUCGGCCGUCGACAUCGAAACUGCCAAACACGUCGACCCGACGCUGGAGAAACAUGCGCACGAUGCAGACGAGGCCAUGAAGGCCUUUGAGGACAUGCAUGGCGAAGCGAUCGAGCUAGACGAGGCGACGAAUCGUCGCCUGCUGCGUACCAUUGACUGGCAUAUGAUGCCGAUUAUGUGCUUUGUCUAUGGGAUGAACUUUCUUGAUAAGACGACCCUAUCGUAUGCGAGUAUUAUGGGGUUGAAGGAGGAUUUACACCUCAAGGGAGAUGAAUAUCAAUGGCUGGGAAGUUUGUUUUAUUUCGGUUAUCUGGCGUGGGAGUACCCAACCAACCGUCUGCUGCAGCGGUUGCCGUUGGGAAAAUACUCUGCUGCAUGUAUCGUCACUUGGGGCCUAAUUCUGAGCUGCUUUGCCGGUGUCAAAAGCUACGCUGGAGCUAUUGCGAUCCGUUUGUUCCUCGGCGUGUUCGAAGCUGCGGUUACGCCUGGCUUUGCCCUCAUCACUUCUCAGUGGUACACGAAGAAAGAGCAGGGUUCUCGUGUCAAUAUCUGGUUCAGCUUCAACGGCGUCGGCCAAAUCCUCGGCGGCGUAGUCGCCUACGGGAUCGCGGUCGGCACCGAGAAACACGGCUCCUCGAUCGCACCCUGGAAGAUUGUCUUCCUAUUCACCGGCGUGCUGACCAUCCUGCUGGGCCUGGUCUUCUACUGGAUUGUGCCGGAUAACCAGCUGAAUGCACGCUGGUUGAAGAAAGAGGACCGGGUGCUGGCGGUGGUGCGAGUCCGAAAUAACCAGCAGGGUAUCGGUAACAAGCACUUUAAGAUGUAUCAGGUCAAGGAAGCACUAUUGGACCCGAUGACCUGGGCAUUCUUCUUCUUUGCGCUGAUUGCGGAUAUCCCUAACGGUGGUAUCACCAACUUUUUCAGUCAAUUGAUUACUAGUUUCGGAUUCACCAAGCAGGAGAGUCUUAUUCUAGGUGUCCCCGGUGGCGCGGUCGAAGUCAUCGCACUCGUGCUGAACGGGUAUAUGGGCCACAUCACAAACCAGCGACUGCUGUGCAGUCUGGGUGGUCUCGUCUCUGCACUGAUUGGCAUCAUCCUCAUCGUGGCACUCCCCGAGUCACAUAACGUCGGCCGCCUGAUCGGAUACUACAUGACACAAGCGAGUCCGACAGCCUUUGUCGCGCUGCUGUCGAUGAUCUCGUCCAAUGUAGCCGGAUACACGAAGAAAACAACCGUGGCAGCUCUUUAUCUGAUCGGAUAUUGCGUGGGCAACAUCAUCGGUGAGCGAACGACCAAUGACCCAUUCCUUUUCUUUUUUUUUUACUAGACUCCUGCCUUACUGUGGAGUUUUGUCACUGUCAAGACUCAAGAAGACGGUGUGCGAACUGCGGAGAAGAGAACCAUCAAUCAAGCCUUGAUUGAGACUUCUUGGCGAGUCUUGGCAACUUGCCUCCACAGUCAGGAAAUUCAUUUGCCAGGACCAGUCAACUGACGUGUUUACCGACGGCAGGACCCCAAACCUUCCGCCCAAAGGAUGCCCCCCACUACGUCCCCGCCGAGAUUACCAUUAUCGUGUGUCUGAGCAUUUGCCUGGGUAUCAUGGUGUUCAUCUGGUGGUGGUACCGUAAGGAGAAUGCGCGGAAAUUGGAGCUCCAAGCGCGACCGGAUUAUGUCCGGUUAGAGAAUCAAGAGUGGCUUGAUUUGACGGAUCGGGAGAACCCCGAUUUUACGUAUGCGCUGUGAAGUCCGACUUCGGUGGCGAUGUUUUGGUGGUUAAUUUUAUUUAUGUUUUUGGUUUCUCGCCCGAAGCUCAAGCUAACACAAUUAGCUAAAGUUACUGGCGCUGGAUGGAACAUGGGAAAAUUUAAAUUCAAUGCCUCUUGAAAUUUGAAUGACUUUGCUAUUGCCUGGUCUGGACUGGGCUUGAGAACGGGCAACAAUAUCUACCUGCUUUCCUCUAAAUGACUUUUACACACGCCUGAUCCUGUUUCAAAUCCGACAGCACACGGCUUUACUUGUUC